AUGCGGGUUUCUGUCUCUUCCAACUCCAUGAUGUUUCACUCGAUAAUAGUACCGAUGCAAGACCCUGUCGCAGAUCAUGAAUUCUUCCAAAUCUACACAGAGGCAGAUGUCGCAAUCCAUUGUGGUGAUCUCACAGAAGGGUCUACAUUGGAGGAAUUCCACUCCGCCAUCAAACUCCUAACAGAUCUCAAAGCACCCCUCAAGCUUGUCAUUCCAGGAAACCAUGAUUUCACUUUGGAUAUCCCUUUAUUCAAGAAGAGAGUGGAGCUCCAGCUCAAAUAUCUUGAUGCAGCACUAAUCAAGCGAGCGUACGGAGACUUCGGAGAAGCAAGGCAGCUUUUUAACAGCGACGCCGCCACAUCAGCAGGCAUCGUAUUCCUUGAGGAAGGAACACAUAGCUUUGACCUCAGAAACGGCGCAUCGCUGACUGUCUUCGCCAGCCCCUCGACACCGUCACAAGGAGGAGGCUGGGCUUUUCAAUAUCCUCUCCGGUCGGGACAUACAUUUGAAAUCAGCAAUACCGUCGACUUGGUCAUGACGCAUGGGCCGCCAAAGGGCAUCCUGGAUCACACGUUAUCAGGUGAUAGUGCGGGCAGCACACUCGUCUUUGAAGCCCUUGCCCGCGCCCGACCACGGCUACACUGUUUCGGGCACAUCCAUGAACGCUGGGGUGCGAAGCUGGUUACAUGGGCGCCGGCAGAUCAGAUGAGCGCGGCCUCGUCAUAUUCCGCUGAUAUCGAUGAAGCGCGGUCUGUUUUGGUGGCAGAUUUGUCGACGCUACGAGGGGGAUCGGGAUUAGAGCAUGAUGGACAACAUAGUCAAGCGGGAAAGGCGGAUAAUGAUUCGGGGAAGCGCUCCGAAACGUGUCAUGCAACCAGUCAUUGUUCUGGAGAUACCCAUUCUAUCGAAGCUGGCUCGCGAACACUCUUUGUAAAUGCAUCCAUCAAGGGCGUGGAUGAGGAUUAUCCAUUACACUUGCCAUGGUCCCCGGAAGAGCCGCCAGAACUGAGACCAAAACGUACAGAUCUGUACAGAUGUACAGUACAAGGGCGCUCUCACAGUCCUCUCAUUGGAGCCUCCCAAGCCAGCCAUCAGCACACCUGCGUCAUGGCUCGGUGCAUAGUUAGUGAAAAUAUUGCAUUACAUACAAAAAUAACCAUCUCAUCUGCAGAUACUAUGCCAUCGAUAGCUAUCAUAUCACCGAUAGGACGGCCGAAAUUGGAGGAUCUGCAUCAAUCCAUGAUGAAGCUGGAAUGUUCCCGAAAAGGGAAUAUUGCAUUUGAGCUAUAUCACGUGAUAUCGCGAUCUCAAAAACGCCUGGACGCGUCUGAACGAUGGAAAACCGCCGCAACGUCAAGAUAUCUGCCAGCUAGCUUGUCACCAAACAAUGUCAACCAGCCACAGCAGCUCCGCUUCAAUUCCUUCUCCCAGCGCAUUGUGAGAGAUGGUAAAGUGAUUGUGACAAAUUCAGAUGAGGAUACGGACUCUCUCUCAGAUAUAGAAUCGGCAGAAGAUCUAUUAGCCCGAUUUCUAAAACCUCCAGCCUCAGUGCGGCCUCUUUCCUCAUCGUCCCACUCUCCCCGACAUGGUAGGGACAAUACCGACGCCGGGCGCCCUACCAAACUUCAACAGCUUCUCUCAGGUCGCAGCUCUCUAAAAUUCAAUGACCGCAAAGAUUUGCCGAAGUAUCAAUUUUCUCUGGACACACUUGUCGCAGACGCAGCCAAUGAUAAAGCGACCGAAGCCAAAGUUGCAAAAAUAAAGCAGGGCCUGCUGCCAAAAGUGCAACCCGAAAGGUGCCGUGGUAUCCUGCGUGCUGAUCUACUAGCUGCAGCUGUCGAGGAUGAGACGGAUACCAAAGGGAUUCAGCGACUGAAGGAUGCGGUUGAGCGGACAGAAACGUUCGCGACAAGGAAGAUCUGGCUGUUCUUUGAAGAAAACACGCCAGUUGAACCAUAUCCGAGGUUUCCUUCGGGGUGGAUACAGCCUGCGUCGUGGGAAUGUAAUCUAGAGGUCCCCACGGGGCAGGAUGGUUACAUGCAAUCGGUAAAUGUCGCAGUAUUGGGGAAUACUGGAAUCGGGAUACUCGAAACCUCCUAUCAGUUCAAUGACGACACCCGGCAACAUGCUCUUAAAAUCAUCCUUCGACUUGCGAUAGACGAGGCAGUCAUGAACGACUGUCUCAUAUGCGCUGAAGUACAAAACUUCAUAACAACCAACUUUGCAAAUCCUAUUACAAUGCCAGAUCAAAUACUUCGAAAUCUCUCUCUACACCUCUUCCAAACCAUAAACGAGGUUGAACUCCAAAACCAACUGAUAAACAAUAUCCUCCCUACCAGCCCUCGCGUUGCCCUCUUCCGCUGCCGCCUCGCCUGGGCGUGGUUCUAUUGCGAUCCUUCCUUCCUCGACAGGCCCAAAAGCCAGCUCUUCGAUCUUCCCAGCCUGACCAAAUACCUCAAACAUGACCUACGCUUCAACACAAACAUGCGCUCCAAUGGAUCCAACGAUCAAUUCAAUUUCUGGGAACUACACGCGCUGACUUCCAUCCUGGACAUAGCCAUCGAUUCCGGCACGACCAUACCCUCAUUCGUAAACAAGAACGGCGACGUAGACAGGGGGGCCGAACAUCAAUUCAACGCCGCCAUAGACGAUUUGGCGGAUUGUAUCAAGGCUAUCUUCUCGGCAAUCAGGGAUUCGGGGGCGUCGCACUUGCGGAGAUCAGAGACGAGGGAGCGGUUGCAAGCGUUGUAUUAUCGCCUUACGUAUGGGGUGCGGACGAGGCCGAGGCCGCCAAAGCAGUGGUUUGUGAAGACGGAAGGGGAGAAGGGAGAGGCAGAUAAGCAUCAAAAAAAGAUACAUGAGUACGGUGUGGUUCAGGAUGCUGGAAAUGGGGCUUUAGGUGCUCUACAGCAUUGA